AUGUCUGUCCUCCCCCAGCAGCCGCCGGACACGGAAGAGCUGACGUUGCAGCGGCAGAACGAGCGCUGUGGACACCUUCGCCCCGGUGACCCAGCACGCAGAUCUCCAGGACCUGGUUUCAAGCGGCCAGGGAAGCAGCCCACACAGCUCAACCCUGUGCUGCAGCUUUACCUGCUCUUCCAGUCCUGCUCCUGUCUCCAGGCAGACAUGAUCGUCUGCCCCUUAUUCCCGCAGGUCAUCGAAGGGGAGCCCUAUUACCAUUUAAAGCACCGAGGCCUGGUGCAGAAAUCCCUGAACAGACACUGGGGCUGGCACGUGCGUCUGAAAAGGGAGCCCAAGGUGCGCUGGUUUGAGCAGCAGACUCUGAAGAGGCGAGCAAGAAGGACGGUCACGGUGGUGCCAACAGAUCCCUGGUUUCAUCAGCAGUGGUACAUGAAUAACGAUGUGAAUCCAGACCUGAACAUCCUCGCGGCCUGGAGCAAAGGCUACACGGGUGCAGGGGUGGUGGUCUCCAUCCUGGAUGAUGGCAUCGAAAAGGACCACCCCGACCUCUCUGCUAACUACGAUCCCUUCGCAAGUUAUGACUUCAACGCUAACGACCCCGACCCGCAGCCGCGUUACAACAGCUGGGAUGAGAACCGGCACGGGACACGCUGCGCAGGAGAGGUGGCGGCUCUGGCCAACAACGGGAUCUGCGGCGCAGGUGUCGCCCACAAUGCGCGGAUCGGAGGCGUGAGGAUGCUGGACGGCCCCAUCACGGACAUCGUGGAGGCCCAGUCCCUGAGCCUGCGGCCCCAGCACAUCCACAUCUACAGUGCCAGCUGGGGCCCGGAGGAUGACGGCAAGACCGUGGACGGGCCAGGGGUGCUGGCCAUGGAAGCCUUCUACAAGGGGAUAGUGAACGGCCGGGGUGGCCUGGGCUCCGUGUUCGUCUGGGCCUCGGGGAACGGCGGCCUGCGCUACGACAACUGCAACUGCGACGGCUACACCAACAGCAUCUACACGCUGUCUGUGGGCAGCGCCACCGAGAGUGGCAGGGUGCCCUGGUACAGCGAGGCCUGCGCCUCCACCCUCACUGCCACGUACAGCAGCGGUGCCCGGCAGGACCGCCAGAUAGUGACCACAGACCUGCACCACCGCUGCACCAACAGGCACACGGGCACCUCGGCCUCCGCGCCGCUCGCGGCCGGGAUGAUCGCGCUCGCGCUGGAAGCCAACCCUGCUCUGACCUGGCGGGACAUGCAGCACCUGGCGGUGAGAGCCUCCCGCCCAGCCCACCUGCAAGCCGACGACUGGGCCGUGAACGGCGUCGGGCGCAAAGUGAGCCACCACUACGGCUACGGGCUGCUGGACGCCAGCGUGCUGGUGGACCUGGCCAAGAAGUGGCCCGUGACUCAGCCUCAGAGGAGGUGCUCGGUCAAGGUCGUCUACUCGCCCCUAAAGAUUGGCUCGAAACUCUCCGUCAGCAAGAACAUCUCCAGCUGCACUGGGAGGGCCAAGCACAUUCGCUCCCUGGAGCACGUCCAGGUCCGGCUUUCCCUGAGCUACAGCCGGCGAGGGGACCUGGCGAUCUCUCUGACCAGCCCCAUGGCCACCAAGUCCACCCUGGUAGCCGUCAGGCCCUAUGACACCAGCAGCCAGGGCUACACGGACUGGGCCUUCAUGUCCACCCACUUCUGGGACGAGGACCCGCAGGGCACCUGGACGCUCUUGCUGGAGAACAAGGGCGAUGCCUAUAACACUGGCUUCCUCACCAGCUUCGUGCUGCAGCUGUAUGGGACAGAGGAGGACAUGAGAGCCAGGCAGCUGGAGGCCGCCGUCGUGAGCAAGUGCACGCAGCGCGAUGCCCAGGGAGCCUGCACGGAGUGCAGCAGCCCCUUCUACGCCUUCCAGCGCCUGUGCCUCUCCUACUGCCCUCCCCGCUACUACACCCGCACCCGACGAUCCCUGGGCACCGCCCGCCCCGUCGGGGUCUGCACCAGCUGCCACCCAUCCUGCUACACCUGCCAGGGGGACGGCGCCGGCAAUUGCACGGCCUGCCCCCCCUUCUGCACCUACGAC